AUGGAACAUCCUGCCUUUACACUUGCCGGUUUAUGUGCCGUGGGCGGCACUAUGGGAUAUCUUCGUAGAGGCUCAAAGCCUUCUUUGAUCGCGGGCACCGCCCUUGCUGCACUCUACGGAUACUCCGGGUACUUGUUGAAGAACAACGCCGACUGGGGCUUGGAGUUGGCACUUGGCUGCUCCAUCACGUUGUUUGCCGCUGGGCUUGGGAGAUCCGUGCCCACCAAAUUCGCUAAGCCUGUGCCUUUGUUGUUGUUGGGGUUGGGAGGGGUGUCCUCUGCUUACUACGUCAGGAAGUACAACGAGUUUUACGAUCUCUUCUAA